AGAGAAGAACGUUGCGGCGGAUCGGUGUGAUGUGGCCCAGCGCGAAUUUGAUGAGAGAACGGCCUGGAUGUCAGUUCAGUACGGUCUGUGAGCUUCCGCUUCGCUCGAUCGCGGCGGUUCAUACACGGUGAAUGAACCGUUCGGCACACCUUCUCCCACACGAACUGCUCGCACGGCCGGCGACGGCGGUCGGACAAUGUGGUCUGCAGCCGGUGAGCCCCAUUAUCCGUGCGAAAUAUACAUUUAUUCCUUUUCUCCUUACCCAAGCUCGUCUGACGAGCUUCUCAUCUCCAGAUAUACAAAAGGCAUCGCCUUCUGUCCUCCCACUUCUCCCCCCAUAGCUGCUAGCCCUUCAAUGUGUCU